GGCGCAUGCGCUCUCGGGCGCAGCGCGGGCGCCAUUGGGGAGGCGGCGGCCGGGUCCCCGGGUCGGCGGACGCAGAGGCGACUCCUUAGGUCGUGAGUGACCAAGACUUGGGAAUUUCUUCUGCCAACUCUGGUGAAUCUCAUUACAGGUAUUCAACUGAAAAUUGUAUCUCACGAGAUCCCUGACAGGAGACAAAUUUGAGUCUCAGAGAAAAAAGUCUCUAGAUAAAUGACUGGGAGCAGGAGCCACAUUCAGACUGGAAAACCAGCUCUCAAGGACCGGCCGCGACACUGAGGCUGCCAGUACUGCUGCACCUCCAACUGAGCCACUGUGCUGGAGGAGAACAAAACGUCGGUGACUGCCACACAGGAAUUGCAGAGGUGUAGCCGUUCUGCUGGGGCCUGAAUGCAGGUACCCAAAGGAACCAUCUGUGUUUGCCCAUGUUCUUCCUGUAAUGUUGUGACCUAAGUUAUGCCUUCUCAGAAUGUGGUUCUUUCCUGGGAAGGGAACAUGAAGGGGAGAGAAAUGGAUGAUGGAUCACAGAGAGUCAGGUCUCAGAUUCCGGUCUCAGUUGCUUCAGAGAAGACCUUUUAUUGUUACCAAUAUAACCAUUGUCCUUAGCCAGUCAGCUGUGGAAGGGAUUCCUUAACGUCCACACGACACAAAGCAUUGUUGAGAACACCACACUAUUCAUCCUGAAGAUUGAAGACAUUGCGGCAUGAAUUGGAGCCUAUCUGAGGGCCAUUCUUCUCCCAGGAAGAAGAAGAGGAAUCCCUGACAUUCCAGGAUGUGGCUGUGGACUUCACCAAGGAGGAGUGGGAACAGCUGUACCCUGCUCAGAAGAAUCUCUACCGAGACGUGAUGCUGGAGAACUACAGGAAUCUGGUUGCCCUGGGGCAUCAGGUUUAUAAGCCAGCAGUGAUCACUCAGCUGGAGCAGGAAGAGCUGUGGACCAGAGGAGGAGGCCACCCUGUGGGAGCUCCCCUAGAUGGGGAUAAUGGACCUAAAAUCAAAAAAUCAACUCUAAACCAGAAUAUUUCUGAUAAAAAUCAAACCUGUGACAUCAUUAUGGAAAGACUAACAGGAGACAGUUUCUGGUAUUCCAUCUUAGGAGGACUCUGGGAUUUGGAUUAUCAGUUUGCAUUUAACCAAGAAAACCAGCAGAGACAUUUGGGACAAAUAUCUUUCAUCCACCAAAAGAUUACACAAGGAAGAAGCAUUAAAGGUAACAAAUUUGAAGAGAACUAUAAAAAGAACUCAAACCUUAUACAUCAGAGGGUUCCUUCAAUUAAAACACCCCUUAAUUAUGACACACCAGCAAAUAGCAUCAAACAUAAUUCAGACUUGAUUUAUUACCAGGGAAACUAUGUAAGAGAAAAUCCUUAUGAAUAUCAUGAACGUGGAAAAAUCUUCAGUCAACAUGUUCUCACUAAUCAUAUUCAUACUGGAGAGAAUCCCGGUGAAUGUGGAAAGGGCUUCAGCCACAAUUUGUCUCAUAUCCAACCUCAGAUAGUGCUCACAGGAGAGAAACCCUAUAAGUGUGAUGAAUGUGGGAAAAGAUUCAGCCAGAGAAUACAUCUUAUUCAACAUCAGAGAAUUCACACAGGGGAAAAACCUUUUAUAUGCAAUGAAUGUGGGAAAGCCUUCCGUCAACAUUCUUCCUUCACUCAGCAUCUGAGGAUCCAUACUGGAGAGAAGCCUUAUAAAUGUAAUCAAUGUGGGAAAGCCUUUAGCCGCAUCACAUCUCUUACUGAACAUCAUAGACUUCAUACUGGAGAGAAACCUUAUGAAUGUAGUUUUUGUCGGAAAGCCUUCAGCCAGAGGACGCAUCUUAAUCAACAUGAAAGAACACAUACAGGAGAGAAACCCUACAAAUGUAAUGCAUGUGGGAAAGCCUUUAGCCAGAGUGCACACCUUAAUCAACAUAAGAAAAUUCAUGCCCGUGAGAAAUUAUGUGACUAUACAUGUAAGAAAACUUUAAGCCACCAGCCUUCACUUAGCAGCAUAUAAGUUGUUGGGGGGGGGGGGUAAACUGAAUUUAUAAAUGUGGAAAAUUUUUAUCAGACAUUUCUAUUCAAUAUCAACUUACUCAUUUUGGAGAGAAAGUUUAUAAAUAAACUUCUAUUGCAUAGAAACCAAAUGUAUACUUUAAACUAGUAGCAUUAUAUUCCUAGUAGGGGUUAUAACUAGUGAAAAUUAUUUUAUAAACAAAAAUAUAUUGAGCCAUGGUCCAAAUCUGAUAUAAAACUUUUAAAAUAAAUGAACAGAAAUUCUGUAGCAAAUAACUAUUAUUAUUCACAUGUAAGUUUUAUGUUAUGAAGCAUUGAAAUUAUAUGAACAUUAAUUAAAGCAGUGUUGUAUUAUCAGUUACAUAAACAAAAUAAAAG